AUGGAGCAGCAGCUGGAUGAGCUCCAGCUCUCGGACGAGCAGCGAGACGUAAUCGACGCUCUUAUCAAGGAGCAGGUCAAGAUCAAAGUAGAAGAAGCAGCAGCAGCAGAGCGCCUCGCAACACAGAGCGAGGGCAUGCCUUCCGAAGGAGGCGACACCCGGCUGGAGAGGCCGGCUGGCUCGGAGUCAAGCCCGCGACUCGAAGACCAGCCCCGAUCGCCGGCGGACGUCAGCCUCAUCGACACCCUCGCGCGGGCCUUGCAGAGGGUCAAGAUAAGACCGGAGGAUGAAUACAGGGAAGUUCCAACCCCUAAAGAAACAAUACGUAUUAGCGCAGGGGAGGAGUCCCGGCGCUAUCUCACAAGAGCAUCAGUACUUCGCCAGAAACUAGAAGCGUACGGUUGGGUGCAAUCCGAUCAUGAUGCUAACGUCCACUAUGUACGCAACCUUCUGCCUGAUUUCAAUGUGCAGAGGAGCGUGUUGUUGGCGCAUUCGGAGGUCAAGACGGAAUUGGUAGAGAAGGUGAUUCUGACUGCCCGGGCGGAGACGGAGGCCGCUAGGAAGAGAGCGUCGGAGAGCGUGGGGGCGUAUGCCCUCGUCACUGGCGGUGAUAACCGUGUUGGCGGGGGCGGGAACAUGGGGGAUAGGGGGAAGACGAGCGGACAACGGAGGACGGCAGCGCGGCAACAGCAGCAACAACCGCAUCAGCCACAGCAGCAGCAUCAGCCGUACUUCAAGCAGCAGCAACAGAUUGUGGAGAGACUGUNUGAUGAGGAUGUUGUCAUGCGUCUGCCUGAGGGAUGUGGUAGAUUGUCAGGCAUGAUAGUGAAGUUGAACAAGAGUCUGUAUGGCCUUAAGCAGGCAUCAAGGCAAUGGCAUUCACACUUGGCGAGGGACCUCAACACCAUGGUACCGGUGAAGAAUCUUGGUGACUUGAGGUGGAACUCUGGAUGUUUUUAUGAGAGGGAUUGGGAUGCAGGGACUUUGAAGAUCUCGCAGCAGACGUACGCUGAAGAGUUGGGAGUGGAGUUUGGGGUAGAGUACGGGAAGGAAAUUCCUCUUCCUGUAGGGUUGAAGCUUUCAGAGUUUGAGCAGGAUGAGGAAGUGGUCUUGGUAUUUGGGGUAUGUGGGUUGAGCAUGGAGGUGUUCGCAGACGCAGACUAUGCAAGCAAGGCUGCCGAUAGGAGAUCUGUGUCAGGAGGCUUGGUGACGUGUGGGGGGGGAUGUAUUUCUUGGUUUUCAAGGAUGCAGAAGUGCGUUACGUUGAGCACGACAGAGGCGGAGUAUGUCUCCCUUGCGGAUGUGAUGAAGGAAGUGUUGUUUCUGAGGCAGGGGGCUAUUCAGUUGGCGCACAACCCGAUUAGCAACAGUAACUCGAAGCACAUCGACGUAAGGCACCACUUUGUCAGGGAACUGGUAGGCAGGAAGGAGAUUUCGAUUUUUCACGUGGAAUCAGCGUAUCAACAUGCUGACUUCCUCACGAAGGCACUUCACGUCGGAGAUUUUGAGUUUCAUCGUAAUUUCGCGAUGAGUGUGGGACAGGAACGGUAGAUUUGGAUUUACUUGUGUUUGAUCAAAGAACAAGGGUGGCAUUGUUUUACAUUUUUGCCUAUGGUCUUCUCAAUCAAUGGUGCUCUAGGAUAGGGGGCAAUUGGAUCGCUAUAACUAUCGAAGAACUACAACUGGAAUGAUCGGGGAUGGAAACAUAUUUCUAGCCCAGAAGGCUAUUGUUGCAGAUUUGAGUUGUGUUUUGGAUUAUUUUCUUGUGUUUUGGAGUCACUGAAAGAUCAUAAAGACAUGGCAUAGUCACAAGCAGGGGGGCUGAUAG